AUGGGAAAUUGCUGUUUGAAGAAACAAAUUAAAGAGCCCAACCAACCAGUCACCGUGGUUCACCUUUCAACUGGAGGCAGAGUAGUAAGAGUACUUUCUCAGCGCAGCAUAACUCGUACCACGUCUCCAAACGGGAUACGUAUUAGAAGCAAAAAGGUUAUUUCAAAUGCAGGUGCGGCAAAGCGCGAUGAUGAUAAAAGACAUGACAACCCAUUAAGUUUAACAACUAGAAAUGACACACUUGAGAAAGUACACAAGAAGGAUAAAGAAGAAUCAAGGCCUCGUGCUCACUCCAAGAUCCGCUGCUUUUGCUACGCUGUUCUAAAAGACGCAACCAACAAUUUCAGCAGAAAAAACCUCAUUGGGGAAGGCGGUUUUGGCGAUGUUUACAAAGGGUACGUCACUCAUUGCACCAUGAGCGCUGCGAAACCAAACGAGGGAUUCCCAAUUGCCAUCAAAAGGCUCAUACAACGCCGACCACAGGGCUGUGAAGCUUGGAAGACUGAAGUGAGGAUUUUGAGCCAAUUAAAUCAUCCCAACAUAGUGAAGCUGAUAGGGUGUUGCAGAGAAGGUAGCCAUAGAAUGUUGGUAUAUGAGUACAUGGAUGAAGGGAGCCUAGACAAUUGUCUGUUCAGAGAAAACCGAAAAGAGCUAAAUUGGGGCAGAAGAAUCAGAAUAGCAGUUGGGGCAGCCAGAGGUUUAGCUUAUCUUCACACUAACGAGACGCCGAUUAUUCACCGCGAUAUCAAGGCCUCCAACUUCCUGCUGGACUCUAAAUUCCGCGUGAAGAUUUCGGAUUUUGGCCUGGCAAAAUAUGGACCAGAGGAUGAUGAUGAUCAUAUUAGCACAAGGGUUAUUGGUACUAAAGGCUAUUUUGCUCCAGAGUACUUUAAAACAGGGCAUUUGACAGUGAAGGCAGAUGUAUACAGCUUCGGAGUGGUACUUUUAGAGAUCUUAUCCGGUUCUUGUGUGGACAAGAGAUGUCCAAAAGGGGUGAGGGGAAAUCUUGUGGAGCGAGCAAAGCCCCUACUCUGCAGGGGCAACGUAGAACUGCGCUGCGUCAUGGACGACAAACUCGGGAAGAACGUCCCCAUGGAAGAAGCUCGCAAGUUUGCCGAACUCACCUACCGAUGCCUCAGUGAAGAUCCGAACAGAAGACCAACAAUGGACGAAGUGCUGACUAGUUUAGAGCAAUUACAACAAAUUGUUGGUGGCGACAAUAAUCAUCACGACUCCCUCAGUUUUGUUGGAUUUAGUGCUUGCCCUCCUCCCUUUUCUAAAAAGGCCUCAAGAAAAAAAUGCAUGCAAGUAAAGAUGCAGAGAGAUGAUGUCUUAACAGAGCAUGGAUAAGAUGGUUGUGAUGUAAUGUAACCAAAUGCUUUCUGAUCAAUUCAACGACCAACUUGCAAGUUAAGGUCUCUAUCUUCAUU